UUACAUUUUUUUAAAUUAUUACAGGUAGAUCGUGCGCUCUUAUGAAUUACAGGAUUUACCCUCUUGAUAAUAGGAUGUGGCAGGAGCUGGAGAGCUACCUAUGGGAACAGACAGGAGCUCCUCAAGCAGCGCCGGUUGCCAGCUACGUGGAUGAAGACGCUACCCACAAAGACGUCAACGGGUGGACAGUAGAGGAGAACAGCGAAGAACUCGUCGAUUUGGACCUAUUACUCAAAAGUGCAGUGGAAGCCCACGGUUGUACGCAGGCCGUAUCCGCUUUCAGCCCUCCUCCAGCAGUCGUCAACCCCGGCCGUCCUUUGAAACGGGGAUCCCACUCGUGUCAGCACCCCGGCUGUGGAAAGGUCUACACCAAAUCGUCUCACCUCAAGGCCCACCAGCGGACCCACACCGGCGAAAAGCCCUACGAGUGCACGUGGAAAGACUGUGGUUGGAAAUUCGCCCGAUCGGACGAACUGACGAGGCAUUACAGGAAGCACACAGGCGUCCGCCCUUUCCGAUGUGCGAUUUGUCAAAGGGCCUUCUCUCGUUCAGAUCAUUUGACCCUUCAUAUGAAAAGACAUUUACCCCUAUGAUUAAUUCUACAUGCAGUAUUUUCAUUUUAUCAUUUGU